AUGUAUGCAGGUGAUUGGAGAAUCAAUGCCGAGGAACGGGCAAAGUACGAUUUGUACUUUCAACAAUGUAACCCAAUACAAGGUUAUGUAACGGGUGAUCAAGCACGAAAUUUUUUUCUAAAAUCAGGUUUACCUGGAGAUAUUCUUCAUAAAAUAUGGAAUCUAUCAGAUAUGACAGCCGAUGGUCGUUUAGAUAAGCGAGAAUUCACUAUUGCUUGUCAUUUAAUUUCAUCUCAAGUUCAGAAAAAAGGACCACUACCACAAAACCUUCCACCAACUCUUCUCUCCGAUGCAAUUGCAAUAACAGCAAAUGGUGUACCACCGCUUAUGUCUUCAUUGUCAAUAGCUCGACCAGUCAAUAGUUGGAGUGUUCCGAGCCAACCAUUAGUUGCGACUUUUAGUCAACCUUUAAAAUCAGUUGUUAUUCCACCUGCACCAUUAACACCAACAAUUCGCUCAAAAUAUCUUCAACAAUUUCAUUCAUUAGUUGAUGCAACAAAAACAAAUGGAUUUAUGAGUGGUUUACAAGCAAGAAAUCUUCUUCAAAAAACUGGUUUAUCACAAACAGUACUUCAGCAAAUAUGGAAUUUAGCUGAUCAUGAUAAAGAUGGUCGUUUAACACCUGAUGAAUUCGUGAUUGCGAUGCAUUGUUGUGAUGUUGUACGUGCUGGUCAAAUUUUACCAUCUCGUUUACCUGACGACUGGUUAAAUGGAAAUACAGCACAACAUCAACGUACAGGUUCAUUAGUAAAACCCAAUAUUUAUCCAGCAUUAGUCAAUAUUAAUCAGGAAAUUAAAGAUGCAUUUAAAUCAACGAUUACAACGGAAAAUCAUUCACCUGAAACAGAAGAACCUGAACGAAAAAAUAGCAUUGUAUCUUAUGAAGACAAACGUCAAAAGAAUUAUGAAGAUGGUUUUAAAGAAUUAGAACGACGUCGACAAUUAUUACGUGAACACGAAGAACGUGAACAAAGAGAACGUGAAGAACGAGAACGUAAACGUGAAUUAGAAUUACAAAAACAAAAAGAUGAACAAGAACGUCGAAAGCAAAUGGAAUCUGAACGACAAUUAGAAAGACAAAGACAAAUUGAACAUCAUAAAGAAGAAGAACGAAGAAAAUUAUUUGAACAACGAGAAGCUGCACGAAAAGAAAUGGAACGUAAAAGUCGUUUGGAAUGGGAACGUCAACGUAUGCAAGAAUUAUCAGCACAAAAAUCUCGUUUACUUGAACAAAUAAAUGAUUUAAAAUCACGUGAAAAAGCAAUUGGACUUGAAUUACAAAGUAUGGAUGAUACAGUACAAACAAAUCAAAGAAAAGUUAAUCAAGCAAAUACGAAUAUUCAAACAAUUGAUCAAUCAAUAAAUGAUAUCCAAAAACGUACAAUACAAGAAAAAAAUCUUGUAGAAAAUCUUGAACAACAACGAAAAGAUUUAUAUAUAAAAUUAAAUUAUUUACGAACAGAAAGAGAAUCAAUUAAUUCAUCAUUAAAACAUCUUAAUCAAUCGAAAGAAUUUAGUAAGUGAGAUUUAUCAAUUGAUUUUCUUUUUAAAUUUGAAAAUAUUCAAAUUUAAGCUUAUGAAUUCAUUUGUUUCCCAUAUACAUGAAUCGUUUUUGGUUUUAAUGAUAAAGAUUGAUUUUCAAGUUCAAAAUUUUCAUAAAGAAUGUUCUUAAUCGAACUCAUUCAUUGUAAAAUUGUUAGGUUUUCUAGUAUCUUCUAUCCUACUGUAUCCUACAAGGUUAGAAAAUUUCUCUCAUGUGGGGAACAUACUAAAUUGUAGGACGCCGUUGAACUUCAUAUUAUGGCUACGAAUAGGUCUUGUUGACACUACCCAGCAGAGGUCCAACCAGGCCGCAUUUUUGCAGGCCUGGCCGGCCUAUGACAGGCCUCUGAAUUUCAAGCCUGCCUGUGCCUGCCAACUUAUUUGUUUGGCCUGACCUGCCUGCCUGGCAUUUUCUUCGGCCUGCCUGGCCUGCCUGGAAAGGCCUGUCUAUUUUUCUUUUAUGCCAAUACCAUUACCAGGGGUGUCGCAAGCAACCAAAACUUGGGGACGGGGGU